AUGGAUACCCUCAACUUUACAAAAAAAUGGUACAAAGCUUGCUUCAAACACUCACCACACUCUGACGAAUCCUCCAGCACAAUGUCACCAUCUGCCAGUCACAAAGACACUGCCCAUAAAGAUGGGAAACUCGAGAUCAAAAGGCCAAAGCUCGAAGAGCCUGACACAGGCCCAAUAUUCCCGCACCCUCCAUUUCAUCAGACUCCAGGCCCCAUCUCGGUUUCCCAAUUAUACUUGUGCAAGCUCAUUUUGGAGCACUGGGAGGCAGAAGUGAAGGCCUGCAAGAAUGCCAAAAAAUUGCAACUAUUAGAAUUAGCACCAGGCCCUGGCACUCCUAGCCUCUUACAAGCAAGCUUCCGAAGACUCAUUAGUGAGCGCUGGGAUGCAGAAGUGAAGCAUUGUGAGGAGGUGAAGCAGGUGCAACUUUUAGAAUUGCUUCUGGCCGCCCAUGAUAUUUUGAAACUAGUGUAG